GAGUAGGGGUACUAUAGUAAUUUGGAUGGCGUUCUGACUUCAGGUUUUUUUUUUUUUUGUGAGCGUGGUCUUUGAGUCUGAUUACGAAUCUAUCUAUCAAUCAAAUCGAAGAACGAGGAGAAACAGAGAAAGGAGUUGAAUCAAUAUGGCUGGGAGAACUUCGAUCCCUGCUCGCAACUCUGCCCUCAUCGCAAUGAUCGCCGAUGAGGACACUGUGGUUGGAUUUUUGAUGGCUGGAGUUGGUAAUGUUGACAUAAGGAGGAAGACAAAUUACCUCAUCGUGGAUUCGAAGACAACUGUUAGACAAAUUGAGGAUGCUUUCAAGGAGUUCUCAACGAGGGAUGAUAUUGCUAUCGUCCUCAUCAGCCAAUAUGUUGCCAAUAUGAUUCGGUUCUUGGUGGAUAGCUACAACAAGCCAGUUCCUGCAAUUCUGGAGAUCCCUUCCAAGGACCAUCCCUAUGAUCCUGCUCAUGAUUCAGUUCUCUCCCGUGUCAAGUACCUCUUCUCUGCGGAAUCCGUGUCACAGCGUUAAAUACAUGUGUUUUGCAAGCUUGCUGAGCCUAUAUCAAUUGUUUGUUUUUGACAUCUUGUCUUUCAGCUUCGGAACCCAAACAUUUUACAAUAAAUAAUGUAUCUCUUUGAUUUUUAUUUGGAGAUGGAUGUUAUAUUUAUUAUGAAGAAAUGGUAACACCAUCUGGUUCUUUUGUAUUCAAUUAA